GUCCAUCUUCUCAUUGAGCCCCAUGGCGGACGCGGACAGCCACCUCGACGCGCCGUCCCUCAGGCCGCCCCUCGCCAACACAUCAGCCCCGCGCGACAGGGAGCCUCCACACGCCGACCUCGACAAGCUGCGCAAAUGGCAGGAGGAGAGAAUCGCGCGCAAGCUCCGCGGCGAGUACGAGUCCGCGGUCCUGCACCUCGCGGAGGUGGUCAAUGACAACAUGAGCACGCCUCUCCGCCUCGCCUCGAUUCGCGUCGAGGGUGCCGCCAGGACCAGGCAGUCCUUCCUUUCCGCUCUUGUGACGCCGUUCCUGCCGCCCCCUGUUACGCCUUCCUUCUCCGCUUCUUCUGAUCACUCGAGCUCCCUUGGCGAUGUCCUGCACAAGGCGCGACACAUCGGCUCCCUCCUGCAAGAGACCGACAUCUUCCAGAGCGUCGAGGCGCGACUCGAAGGCAGCCGGGACUUUCUCGCGCGCCCGGGCGAUGUCGACCUUGUCUUGCGUACGCGGGAGCGGGGCAGGUUCUAUCUGAACACGAGCACGCAGGUCGGGAACAAUGAGGGCGGUGCGAGCGCGACAUGUCGCGUGCGCAACGCAUUCGGCGGCGCGGAGCUCUUGCAGGCGAACCUCGCGUUCGCGACGACCACCCGUGUCGCGUUCUCUGCAUCGCUCUCUGCGCCGCUCCUCCCUUACCUCCCCUACGCAACGUCUGCAUCGUCAAAUCCCAACCUCAACACGCGUGGAGAGAUCUCGAUCUUUGGCCACGAACGGGACAACACAACUUUCGCGAGCUCGUUUGAGGGCGUCCGGGGCCUGCGCGCUGCUGUCAGGACGGGUACGUUGCGAAAAGGUACACACGAACUUGCAUACGAGGGCGUGCUUCGGCAUAUAGGCAACCUCGCACCCACCGCGUCGAUUAGCAUACGCGAGGCGGGGCCCUCCAUCAAGUCCGCCGUGUCACACACCUACAUGCGCGACACCCGGGACGACGCGCUACUCGGCACGCAGGGAUCCUACGUCAAGCUCUCGCAUGAGCUCGCUGGGCUGGGCGGAGACACGAGCUUUUUCAAAACGGAGGGCGCUACGCAACUUGCGCGGAAGCUCUUGCCUGGUGUGACAGUAUCUGUGGCUGGGAGGAGCGGACUGCUGUGGGGCUUGGACGGACGUCCGGUACCGUUCUCAGAUAGAUUCCAGCUAGGUGGACCCAUGAGCGUGCGGAUGUUCCGUGCAAACGGGCUGGGUCCGCAGGAUGGACCUGACUCGCUUGGAGGCGAUAUGUACUGGGCCGCGGGUCUGAGCGUCAUCGGAGACAUCCCGAGGCGGCCACAUUGGCCUGUCAAAUUGCAGGGCUUUGUGAACCUCGGCCGAUUAGAUUCGAUGGAUAAAUCCCGAAGCCUGAUCGACAACGUACGGGAAAGCAUUAGCAAGCCGUCUGUGGGCGCAGGCGUGGGGCUCGUGUAUAAGCUAGACGCGGUGCGGGUAGAAGUCAACUUCGGCGUGCCCCUCGUGGCGAGCAAGAGCGACGGUGUGCGGAAGGGGAUCCAAGUGGGCAUUGGACUGGACUUCCUGUAGACUGCGAUUUGUUAUGCAACAUAUCUUCGAACUCU